GCUGAGGCUCCGCGGCAGCGGGAGGAGGGACGAGUUCCCGGCAAGCUGCUGGGACAAAGGGGCCCGCCGGGGGCGGGGGGCGACGGCGCUGCCCCUCGGGGGCUGGGCUCCCGGCCCUCCCUCGCUCAGCUCCGCACAGCCCGGCGAUCCACUGCAGCUGGAAGCCCCUAGAAGGGCCCCUUGGCCGCAGCUGUCUGCCGGGAAACCGGGUGGGAAAGUCCAGACACCCCCUCCCCACCCCCACUUCCCGCUCCGGGUCUCGGCGCCCGCCGGCUCCUCCUCGCCCGGCCUGCUCUGCACGCUCGCCGCGGGCCCCUGGGGCAAGCGGACGGAUGUCCAUGGACAUGGGGAUGGUAGACGGUGGCAAGGUGGCCCCAGAGGCCCCACAGCCCACCCGCAUCGAUGUGCACAUCCACCAGGAGUCAGCUGUGGCCAAGCUCCUGCUCGCUGGAUGCUCUCUGCUGUGGCCUCCAGCCCCUGCCACAGCCACCAACACCAAGACCCCAGGCAGCAGCCGGCUGCUGGUGGCCUCCAGGGUGGUACAGAUUGUGCUGGGGGUCUUGAGUGGGGUCCUGGGAGGAUUCCUCUACAUCGUCCACUCCCACAUACUCUUCUCAGGAGCUGCCAUCUGGACAGGGGCUGUGGCUGUGCUGGCUGGAGCUGCUGCCUUCAUUUACGAGAGACGGGGUGGCACCUGCUGGGCCCUGCUGAAGACCCUGCUGACACUGGCAGCGUUCUCCACAGCCAUUGCCGCCAUCGUCAUUGAGGCCAGGGAUUUGGGGCCUGACUUGUUUUCUGGAGAUUAUGUCUGUAACACCUCCCCCCAGAGGAGCUGGGCCACCCAGGUCCCCGUCACUGAGAAUCCAGAAGAAGUCAGAAGGCUACACCAGUGCCUCUCCUACGUGAACAUGCUGGCGGCCCUGAUCAUAAGCCUUCAUGCCAUGCUCUUGGGUGUCUGGAUCCUGCUGCUUCUGGCAAGUCUGGCUCCUCUGUUUCUGUUCUGCUGGAGAAAAUUCCUGCAUAAGGAGGAAAGAGACCAGAAGAAUCUGCUGGAAGUAAGUGGGAUCUAGCUCUGCCUCUCCUGAGCAUGUGUGCCUGGUGCUCCAGCACUGGGUGUCCCUUCACCUGGCUCCUGGAAGAAGAACCAGACCGGGCAAAAGGGACUGUCCAGUCACCCCCACUGUCCUUCCUCCACGACCACGGCCACUGCCCUGCUCCACCCAACCAUCAUAGCGGUGCUUACUCUUUCCUUGCUCACCUUCACCAUCCUGAACAGUAAUUUGAUAAUAAACUCGUAUUAUUGCUUCCA